CUAGCCUCGCCUCCCCCUGCAUCGCCUCUUUCUAUCUCAAGGAGGGAGUACGCCUCCCCAGUUCUCCCUCCUCCCACGCGUCCUCCCUCCCUGCUCCUCCCCCCAUCCUCCUUUUCCAGGCCAGCCCCCGGGGCUGGGGCGGGGGGCGGGCCGGGUGCGGUGAGUACCUGCGGUGGCCGGGACCGCGCGCACGGCCACCAGCCAUGUCCUGGGCCGCGCUCCUCGGCCUGCUGGCCGCGCUGCUGCUGCUGCUGCUGCUGACCCGCCGGCGCGCGCGGAGACCUGGCGAGCCUCCCUUGGACCUGGGCAGCAUCCCCUGGCUGGGCCACGCCCUGGACUUCGGCAGAGACGCUGCUGGCUUCCUCACACGGAUGAAGCAGAAGCAUGGGGACGUGUUUACUGUGCUGGUGGGGGGCAGGUAUGUCACUGUCCUCCUGGACCCACAUUCCUAUGACACAGUGGUGUGGGAGUCCCGCACAAGGCUGGAUUUCCACCCCUACGCCAUCUUCCUCAUGGAGAGGAUCUUCGACGUGCAGCUUCCACAUUUUAGCCCCAGUGAGGAAAAGGCCAGGAUGAAACCGACACUCCUACACAGAGACCUCCAGGCACUCACGGAUGCCAUGUAUGCCAACCUCUGCACCGUCCUGCUGGGCGACUCCACGGAAGCAGGUGGAGGCUGGCACGAGACGGGCCUCUUUGACUUCUCCUACAACUCUCUGCUCAGAGCCGGUUACCUGACCCUGUAUGGGGUGGAGGCAGCCCCGCGCACCCGUGAGAGCCAGGCCCAGGACCGCAUCCACUCGGCCGAAGUCUUCCACACCUUCCGCCAGCUGGACCUGCUGCUGCCCAAACUGGCUCGAGGCUCCUUGUCAGCAGGGGAUAAGGACCACGCGUGCAGCGUCAAAAGCCGUCUGUGGAAGUUGUUGUCCCCAGCCAGGCUGGCCUCCAGGGCCCACCGGAGCAGCUGGGUGGAGAGUUACCUGCAGCACCUGGAAGAGAUGGGGACGCCGGAGGAGAUGCAAGCCCGGGCGCUGGUGCUGCAGCUCUGGGCCACACAGGGGAACAUGGGCCCUGCCGCCUUCUGGCUCCUGCUCUUCCUUCUCACGAAUCCCGAAGCCCUGGCAGCUGUCCGCGCUGAGCUGCAGCGCGUCCUUGGGAGAAGCGAGCAGCCCAACGCACAGAUGCCCUCCCUCCCACAGAAGGUCCUGGACAGCAUGCCUGUUCUCGACAGCGUGCUGAACGAGAGCCUCCGGCUCACAGCGGCUCCCUUCAUCACUCGGGAGGUAGUGGCAGAUCUGGCCUUACCCAUGGCAGAUGGAAGGGAAUUCUCACUGCGACGUGGUGACCGCCUCCUCCUCUUCCCAUUCCUGAGUCCACAGAGAGACCCAGACAUCUACACAGACCCUGAGGUAUUUAAAUACAACCGGUUCCUGAACGUGGAUGGGUCAGAGAAGAAAGAUUUUUACAAGGACGGGAAACGCCUGAAGAAUUACAACUUACCAUGGGGAGCAGGCCACAAUCAAUGCCUGGGGAGGAACUUCGCAGUCAACAGCAUCAAACAAUUUGUGGCCCUCCUGCUGACGCACUUCGACCUGGAGCUGGCCAGUGCCGACGUGCAGACCCCCGAGUUUGACCUCAGUAGGUAUGGAUUUGGCCUGAUGCAGCCAGAGCACGAUGUGGCCAUCCGGUACCGCGUCCGGCCGUGACCUGUGGGCGUCCCACGCUCAUCACCUGUCUCCUGGCUUCCUGUACCGGCAUCGCCACCUCCCUGCUUUUCAAGGCUGUGUCAAGAGGAGGGGACACAGAGGCCAUCAAGAACACAUUGAGACCAAAAAAAAAAGAAAAGAAAAAAAGGUCAAUAAGUGCUCUACGGUGUCCUGACUAGGCUCUCUGAGCUACGGGCUCACCAGACAGGGCAGAACCUGGAGACCCUGUUGCUGCGUCACUUACUCUCAGAGCAGUCACUGUCCCCACCCUGAAGAAUCAGUAUGAGCCAAGCAGACACUGGCCAUAGGAAGGCCCCUCUGGACACAGCAGUGUGUCCACUGACAUAAGCUCUGCCUCCCGAUCAUUAAAGAGACAUCACCGUCCUUUCUCUUCAUGAGGAAGCCUGAGAAAACGCAGGCUGUGGACUGGACAGAUGGCUCAGUGGUUAAAGAAGCUUGCUUGCAAAGCCCGAUGGCCUGGGUUCGGUUUCCCUGGUAUCCAUGUAAAGCCAGAUGCCCAAAAUAGCACAUGCCUCUG